AUGUCUGUCCUCUUGAGUACCCCUGACAAACCUAUAAAGGAAACAACAGUGCGGGACAUAUUUACGACAUUUAUACAGUUAAUGUAUAAAAUUUUCAGAGAAAUGGAAGAUGUUAUGUUUCCCACAAGAGAAACAUUACGAAGAUUUCUUCCCAGAGUUUUCAAGACCAUGAAGAAUGCUCGAUGCACUGUUGACUGUACCGAGUUCAGGAUCCAGACCUCAAGAAAUUUUGCUCAGCAAGGUAAUACCUACUCUCAGUACAAGCAUUCAAACACAUUUAAAUGCCUCAUUGCUGUUACACCAAAUGGUGGUGCUUGUUUUGUGUCAGACUUGUUUGAAGGAGACAUUAAUGAUGUUCAGAUCUUUGAAGAGAGUGGUAUACUCAAACACAUAAAUCCCUAUGAUGUCAUACUGGUGGACCGAGGGUUUGCUGUGCAGGACUUGCUGAAUCCUCUGCAGGCAAGAAUCAUGAUUCCAGCAUUUUUAAAAGGGAGGAAAAAUUUGAGUGUAGCAGAGGAGCUAUCAACAAGGAAAAUAGCAAAGGCCAGAAUUCAUGUUGAGAGAUUCAACCAGCGUUUGAAGAGCUUUAAAAUACUUGGAAAAACAAUUCCACUUUCACUUGCUCCCAUUGCCACACAGAUGGUUGUUGUUGCAUGUGGACUGGUUAAUUUCCAGCAAACAUUGUGCUCAUAA